GUUUGGCUGGGGUCGCCGCGCUCCUUCCGUUUCUCGCGAUGUGAGGACCGUGCUGAGCCGCCGCCCUUCAUCCUGGGAAGCUCCCGAAUGAACAGCCGCUGCCGGCGGACACUCUUAAUUUUUUCCCUCCAGUGAGUCAGACGGGGGCGGCGGCGGCCUUCUUCGCCAGUUCUUUUAAUCGGCCUGAUUUCGGGAUGUCCCUUCGCCCUCUUCCGUCUCCUGCAGGACCUCCCAAUCAAAGAGUGUAGAUUCCUCUCUUUCCCCAUGGAUCCCCCUCGGUGAACACCCUGCUCCUCGCCUCCUUUCCUAGGCUGUCAUCACAAAAGCCAAAGUGGAUUUCUCUGGUGUCCUGUGCCUGCCCCCUUCCGUCAUUGCUGGAAAUGGGCGGGACGGAGGAGGGGUUGGCGAGAAUGAAGAUGAAACACUCUCGAUGUCUCUUUCGGCUGCACCAAGCCCACAGAGUGAAGCUGUUGCCAAUGAACUGCAGGAACUUUCCUUGCAGCCCGAGCUGACUGUAGGCUUCCAUCCUGGCCGGAACCCCAAUCUUCCUCCUCUUAGUGAGAGGAAGAAUGUGCUACAGUUGAAGCUCCAGCAGCGACGGACACGUGAAGAGCUGGUUAGUCAAGGGAUCAUGCCUCCUCUGAAAAGUCCAGCUGCAUUUCAUGAACAAAGAAGAAGUUUGGAACGGGCCAGGACAGAGGAUUACUUGAAACGGAAAAUCCGGUCCAGACCAGAGAGAUCAGAGUUGGUGAGGAUGCACAUUCUAGAAGAGACCUCUGCUGAACCUUCUCUUCAGGCCAAGCAGUUGAAGUUGAAGCGGGCUAGAUUGGCUGAUGAUCUCAAUGAGAAGAUUGCCCAGAGACCGGGCCCCAUGGAAUUGGUAGAGAAAAACAUUCUGCCUGUGGAAUCGAGCUUGAAGGAAGCUCUCAUUGUAGGUCAAGUGAACUAUCCUAAUAUAGCAGAUAAUUCCUCCUUCGAUGAGGACAGCAGUGAUGCCCUUUCUCCAGAACAACCGGCUAGCCAUGAAUCCCAGGCAUCUGUGCCAUCCCCAAUGGAAGCUCUGAUAAGUGAUUUAGUUCCUACUCCCACAGUGGCAUCCCCUACUCAGAUUGUGUGCCAGUUAAAAAUCAGCACAGACUGCACUGAGACAACUUACGUGUCUGAACAGCCUCCAACCCCCUUGCCACAGCCACCACCUCCAGUGCCUCUGAAUCUCACUAAUGGAAUUGCUCCUCCUGCUGCCAAACCUCUUCCAGCUCUUAUAAAGCAAAGCCAGCCAAAAUCUUCAUGUGAGAAAUCCCAGCGUAGCAAAAAAUCCAAGGAGCCGAAACCAAAAGUUAAGAAGCUGAAAUAUCACCAAUAUAUUCCACCGGACCAAAAACAGGAUAAAGGAGCUCCCCCCAUGGAUUCGUCUUAUGCCAAAAUCCUGCAGCAACAACAGCUCUUUUUGCAGCUCCAGAUCCUUAAUCAACAGCACCAACAGCACUACAACUAUCAAACCAUCCUCCCAGCUCCACCAAAGCCUCUAGGAGAACAGAAUGGCAACAGCAGCCCAGCCGUGCGCAGUCUUUCCACCGCUGCCAGCAACGCCUCUUCUCUGUCUUCUGGUUCCAAUGGGCUCUUGCGACAAAAUAGCAAUUCUCCAGUAGGCAAACCUGGGGCUCUCCCUGCUAACCUUGAUGACAUGAAGGUGGCAGAGCUAAAGCAAGAGUUGAAGCUAAGGGCAUUGCCUGUGUCGGGUACUAAGACAGAUUUAAUUGAGCGGCUCAAAACUUAUCAAGAGCAGAAUGGUGUAACCAGCCGAGUACUUGCUGCUCCAAAGCCUAACACAGCAAUUCUCCCGAAGACUACUGAAGUGGUGGUAGCUUUCCCAGCUGCUCGGCUGAGUACAGGUCCUGCACUGGUCAGUACGGGUCUUACUUCAGCAGAGGUUGUUGUAGCCACUGUCACGGGCAAUGGAGUCAUGAAGUUUGGGAGCACAGGCUCAACUCCUCCUGUGUCACCCACUCCUUCCGAACGGUCUCUCAUAAGUGCUGGAGAUGACAAUUCAACCAGUGGUGAUGCUUUUGGGGAGAUGGUGACUUCUCCUCUGACUCAGCUUACUCUACAAGCAUCACCAGUCCAAUUUUUGGUAAAAGAAGAGAGUUCCAAAGGUAACACUUGUAGUAGCAUAAAUGCAAUGUCAAGAGUGGAGUCUAGCAUAAUCAGUAGCAACAACAGCAAAGACAUGGAGGUCCAGGAUAAAGACCAGAUGCUGCAGGAGAAAGAUAAGCAGAUUGAGGAACUCACCCGGAUGUUAAAACAGAAACAGCAGUUGGUGGAGAUGCUAAAGCUGCAGCUGGAGAAAGAAAAGAGAUCUCAACAACCACUGUCAGCUACAGUUGUCGGAGAAGAAAGAGCUACAGUCUGUGAGCCCUCCAUUUUUGGUACCUCUAUCAAGAACGAAAAGGGUUUUCUGAGUUGCCAAUCUGUGGAGCAGCUGAACUGCCAAAUUGACCAACUAAGACCCACACAGACCACCAGCCAAAUGGAGACAUCAGAUACAAAUUUAGUGCCAAAGAAAGCAGUGAUGGUGAAGCAGGAGGUGCUAGCUGCUGAAACUGAGCCACCAUGUCAGACCUCAUGUUUUUUCAUUGGACAGCAAGGUGGGGGCUUCAAUGAUUUCAUCAAGGGAGCUUCCCCCCCUACCCUCAUCACAGAUUCCACAGGCACUCACAUAGUCCUCACUGUGACCAAUCAGAAUGCUGAAAGGCAGACCCUCUCACCUCAGGAGAAAGUGGGAAGCAGUUCAUUGCCGCUGAAAAGAAUGUCAUCUCCAUCCGCAAUAGCACCCAACAAGCCACCUAUACAGAACUCUCCAUCAUCUCCUGAACCAUCACCAAAGGAGUCCACCCAGAAGUGUCAGAAGUCAGGUCUGCAAAUGGUCACUGGACAGCUGCCACAAACAAUCUUAUCUUUUUCUGCAUCUCCCAACUUGCAGCCGUUCUUCCUGAACGGCUUCCACAAAGGACCACCGAACGCCAGAGUUCCUGAUAAAACUGGCCAGUCCAGUGAGACAAAAAAGCUUCUCUCGCAGCCAAACUCUCCAGCUCCUCCUUCUCCACCCCAUAUGGACCUUGAGCAGCAGAAGCAGAGCCCGUCCUUCUUCGGCGCUUUGUCACCACUGCUUCUCCCGGCCACCUCAGUGGUGAUGAAAGAACCACCAGGCUACGAGGAGGCUGUGAAACAGCAACCAAAGUCCUCUGAGGAGAAUGGCUGCUCAAGUCAGCAAAUGGAUGAUUUGUUUGAUAUUUUAAUUGAACAUGGAGAGAUUUCAGCUCAAUUCAAAGAGCAGUCUUCCCCAGCAAAGAAAGAUCCCACUGUUACCCCAAGAUGCCCUUCUCCAUCUAGCAAUCAUCAUUCCUCAGAGCUUUGUCUGCAGGGGCCUGUGAGUCACCCAAACUCUGUUAAUCCACCAGGCAGACUGGAAGACUUCUUAGAGAGUACCACUGGUCUCUCUUUGUUGACAGCAGUCCCUGAUGGAACUGAGCCCCUAAUUGAUCUCUACAGUGAGAUGCUAAGCAGUUCAGCUAUCCUGGACCAUCCAUCAUCACCUAUGGACACAUCAGAAUUGCACUUUGCCCCCGAGUCUGUUGGGGGAUCAGGUUUGGACUUGGCAGAACCCAAUUUGGACAGCAUGGAUUGGUUGGAGCUGUCAGGAGGGCCAGUGAUGAGCCUUACACCCCUCAGUACUGCAACUCCUAGCCUCUUCUCCACAGAUUUCCUUGAUGGACAUGAUUUGCAGCUGCACUGGGAUUCUUGCUUAUAACUUUUUGACCAAGUAAACUGAAGGGAGUACAGGUGGGUGUAGGAGAUGAGCAAGAAUUUAAGUAAAAAUUGCAUCUAAUGAACCUUCUUUCCUCUCCUCCCCCUCCCAGUUUUGACCAGUUUUUGUAAAGCUAGAGCCAAGGGCAAGUACCCAUGAUGUUUUCUGAAUGAAAAUUCAAUCUCAGGAAAGCUUCCACUUUUUCCAGUGGUUUGUUGAAAUGUGGCUCUUUCCUCAAACAUUUAGCAAUUGCAUCAGAGUUGUAUGAGUAACUGCAAAUAUUUCAACAUAAGCAGCUUGGCAGAAGUUGGAACAGUUCUAGGCAAAGGAUCCAGAAAAAAUCAUUGGCAAAUACAGUUCUCCUUCCUGGAGUUGAAUCUACCUAGUUAGAAAGCAUUAAAAACAUUGGAAAAAGUUAAUUUGUCCACACUGUAAAGAUUUUCACUUCGAAUAUGACUCAUCUGGGAAAGGAAGUGGGAGAUUAGGAUGAAUUCAUACUGAUGAAGUUUACAAUCAGUUUGGAGGGUUACAGUCUAGUUAAAAAAAACUUUUUCUUGAUAAUGCUGUAUUAUAUGCGCUUCCUGUCUAUUAAGAAAGUUAAAUCCACAUUAUAUUAUAACUUAGAGAACAAUUCUUGCUCUUUAACGUUGUUCUGGAUUGCCCCAAUGUAAAAUAAACAGAGGGACAAUUAUUCUGUUUCUGGUAUCUUACCAGGCAGGAUUUGCCAUGAGUCAAGACAGUUGUACAAAGUACAGUAUUUUCAGCUUUCUGCAAUUCCUUUAGAAAUUAUUCUAAUGGUUCCAGCUAUGGAACAUAGUGCUGUUUUAAAGAAAUGGAGUUCUGAACUGACUGAUUAGCAGUCUUAACAUCUGCAGCAUUUGAGCUGCAAUGCUCUGCUCUUUCUAGAGAGAUUUAGCUGUCCUCCCUGUUUUUGCACAGAUAAUAUAGCUUCCUCUGUAUUGGCAACUGGGUUCAUAGGAAAAUAAUCUCUGCAUUACAUCGCUGCAUUUAAAGCAGUUGUGGUUGUACCUCUCCUUGGAUACCUUGGCUGAUGUCAACACUUUACACUUUUCAAUCAAAAUAAGAACCUCAAGGAACAUACACAUCAACUUUCUUCCAAAAAGGAGAUCAUUUGGUAUGGAGAUGCAUGUGCUAUUAUGCAGAGGAAAUUUACGUAGCCAUAACCCCUGCUACUGUGAAAUGUGGUUGUAAAUCCCAGUCUUUCCUCUUGAAACUUGGCUUUAUUUUUUACUUAGUAAACUUGUACAUAUCUCUAUAAAACUGUUCUAGAAAGCUAAUCAAAUUAAUCCAUUCAUUAUAAGGUGAUGCUUCCCUUUAGCUUCUCCUUUUUGUAAAACCGGGGUUGGAACACAUACUUUGCCCUUGGAUUACCAGUUUAACUUUUUUGCAUAUGCCAUUAAAUAUUAUUAGUCAAUCUCCCUUUCCGUAGAGAAGAACUCAUGGAUCUGUUGGCAUAAGCUUCUUCCCCACUACUCUAGUUUCAUGGAAUUCCAAAAACUCCUUUACUUCCGAGUUUAUAUCAUCCUGAUACCCCCCCCUUCAUGAUGAAGAGCCUCAUCUUGAAAAGUCAGUUGCAGUUAUGUGACUAGCCAGAGUCCUAGAGUAGAUAACUGCAAGUGAAGCUGAUUUCUCUAAAAAUCAUUCUGCAGAAAUCCGAUUGUUAGAAUUGCUGAAUGUAUUCAUCUUUUAUAUUCUGCAGGACAUGCAACCAAUCAGAUAAAUUAGUGGCUAGUUUGCAAAGAUAGUUAGUUUUUGGAUAGUUUGGAUAAUAAAACUGUAUAACCUACAUUAGGACCAUAUCAGUGGGUGGGAGCAGUUAGAUCAGUAUGAGCAUUUUGCAUCUCCCCUCAGUCUGAGAACAGUAAACAAGCUAUCAAACAAGAGGACUUUAUCUCAAAAGGUGCUAUGACAGCAACUGUCUGUUUCUGAAAGAAGAAACUAUUCUCCAUAAACAAAUUAGAAAAACAAAAUGAAAAGCUUUGACAGAACACUACUAAUACUUAAAAGGCUUUUGAGAUAUUACUUGUCAUGGAAGGGGGAAUUGGGAUUUACAUCAGUCCAUUUUUCUCCAGUGUAUAAAGUAGUAUCUCAUUUAUCUUGUCUAAAUUCUCCUUUUACCCCAUACAGUAAAUAAGAAUCUGCCUCUAAUUUGAAUAUAUGCAUUUUUCUGCUGAUAAUCAUAGUUGUAUAACAUGUAUUAGAUCAGCAUGCACAUUUUCUUCCUGUACACAUCAACAAAAGUAAUUAGCAACACAGGGAGGAGUCUUAAGUAGGGCUUAUGGAUUUGACAUAGAAUGAACAUGCAACUGGAAAAGAAUAUGUAAUGAGAAAUUGGGGAAGGGUAAAGAAUGGAUAAAUCAAAUUAUUUUUUCAUUUACAGAUAUUUGAAAAAUCCAUUUUAUUAAAAAAAUUGUGUUCUA